AUGGGAAAUAUAGAAAGCGAAAGCGUUCAAUAGAACGUAGAUAAUGUUAUUAAUGAAAACGUUGCACAGACUGCUGGUUCUGGAUUUAGUUUUACUCCAGUUUUAGUAGCUUUGCUAUUGAUAGCAUUGACUUUAUAUUUUAUAUUAAACCGUAGUGGAAAAAAGCCUCCAAUGGUUAAGAAUAAAGGAAACGCUGUAUUUAUUAUGGGAGAGUGUGCUGCAGGAAAAACUGCCUUACUUUACUAGCUUGCAAAUGGAUAAACUACUUAAACUUGCUCUUCUAUUGAUCCAACUGAAACCAACAUAGAAGUUAAAUUCAAUGAAGAUGAGUCAAAAAAAAUUAGUUUUGUUGAUGUCCCUGGUCAUAAUUACACUAAGCAUAAAUUCAUUAAUGAAUUAGGAGCAGCUAGAGGUAUCAUAUUCUUGAUCGAUAGCUCUAACUUGAAUUCUUAUGGUAAUUCAGUUGAUUACUUGUACCAUAUAAUGAUUUAGAAGGUUUUCCAAGAUAAAGAAAUUCCAGUUUUGCUUUGUGCUAACAAGGCUGAUUAACCAAAAGCUUUAAAACUUAAAGAUUUCGAAUAUCAAGUCGUUAAAGAAUUUGAAAAAGUAAAGAGAUCAAAGAAAGCUAUUUAAGAAGAGGAAAACGAUUAGAUUGAAGACUACCUUAAACAUUAAGAUUAAGAGUUUAGCUUCCAAGGUACAAAUAUUACUUUAUGCGAAACAAGUGUUGUUAAUAACGAAAUUAAGCCUAUUAAAGAAUUCCUUCAAAAUAUUUUCUCUUGA